GACAUGGCGCGGGGCCGGCGCGGGCCCGGCUGAGCGGCCGCUGCCCGCGGGGCCGGCGGAGCGGAGCGGAGCGGAGCGGGGCGGGCGGCCCGGGGCCGGGGCCGCGGUGCUGCUGCUGCUGCCGCCGCUGCCGCCGCCGCCGCCCCCAUGAGUGAGUGAGAAGCGGCCGCAGCGCCCGUCGAUGCCUCGCCGGGGAGCCGGGUGCCUGCGCCAUGAACCCCGAGAUGGCGAUGGAGCCGCUGGGCAGCCUGCACGGGGCGGCCGGCCAUGAGCCGGAGCUGAUGGGCAGCCCCAGCCCCCACCACGGCGGCCGCAGCGCCGGGCCGCUCCGGGUGCCCCCCCCGCCGCCGCCGCCGCACCAGGAGCUGGCCCCCGCCGCCGCCCGGCCGGCCAUGGUGUCCAGCAUGGCCUCGCUGCUGGACGGCGCCGCCGAGUACCGGCCCGAGCUCUCCAUCCCGCUGCACCACGCCAUGAGCAUGCCCUGCGAGUCCUCGCCGCCCGGCAUGGGCAUGAGCAGCACCUACACCACCCUGACGCCACUCCAGCCCCUGCCGCCCAUCUCCACCGUCUCCGACAAGUUCCACCACCCGCACGCCCACCCGCACGCCCACCACCACCACCACCAGCGCCUCUCGGGCAACGUCAGCGGCAGCUUCGCCCUCAUGCGGGACGAGCGCGGGCUGCCCGCGGUCAACAACCUCUACGGGCCCUACAAGGAGAUGCCCGGCAUGGGGCAGAGCCUCUCGCCGCUGGGCAACGGGCUGGGCCCCCUCCACAACGCCCAGCAGGGCCUCCACGGCUACGGGCCGCCCGGCCACGAGAAGAUGCUCAGCCCCAACUUCGACGCCCACGCGGCCAUGCUGGCGCGGGGGGACCAGCACCUCUCCCGGGGGCUGGGGACACCCCCCGCCAUGAUGCCCCACCUGAACGGCAUGCACCCCCCCGCGCACCCCGGCCACCCGCCGCCCCACGGCCCCGCGCUGCCCGCCGGCCGGGAGCGGCCGCCCUCCUCCUCCGGCUCGCAGGUGAGCAGCUCGGGGCAGCUGGAGGAGAUCAACACCAAAGAAGUGGCACAAAGGAUCACGGCGGAGCUGAAGCGCUACAGCAUCCCGCAGGCCAUCUUCGCCCAGCGGGUGCUGUGCCGCUCUCAGGGGACCCUCUCGGACUUGCUGCGGAACCCUAAGCCUUGGAGUAAACUCAAGUCCGGCCGGGAGACCUUCCGGAGGAUGUGGAAGUGGCUGCAGGAGCCGGAGUUCCAGAGGAUGUCGGCCCUGCGGCUGGCAGCCUGCAAACGCAAAGAGCAAGAGCCGAGCAAGGAGCGGAACAACUCCCAGAAGAAAUCCCGCCUGGUUUUCACAGACCUCCAGCGCAGAACGCUUUUUGCCAUCUUCAAGGAGAACAAGCGCCCUUCCAAAGAGAUGCAGAUCACCAUCUCCCAGCAGCUGGGCCUGGAGCUCACCACCGUCAGCAACUUCUUCAUGAACGCCCGGCGGCGCAGCCUGGAGAAGUGGCAGGACGACCUGAGCUCCGGGGGCUCCUCCUCGGCCCCCAGCACCUGCACCAAGGCGUGACGGGCAGCGGCACCGCGGGGAGAGCGGGACCCUUCACUGGUGACUGAAAGCACAAUCCUCCUGGAACCAAACCCCAGCCCGGCUGUCACAGGGGACACUUCCAACGGCUUCUAGUCAGCCUGGGCAGGCCAAGCUCAGAAUUAACCUCUACUCUACACUACUAUGCUCAGGACAGGCGAGGCAGGUCUGAAACCUCGGGGAGUCGUUUGUGUGGCAAGUUCCUCCUGAGCCCCAGAGAGCCCCGGCCAGCAGGGAGCCAUGGCCAGCCAGGGCCACCUGCCCGUGCCCCGGGGCGGCCACAGCCCGCACCAGCGCUCGCCGCCCAGCCUGGCCGUGCCAGAACCCAGCACAAAGCCUGACACCGAGAUGCUGAGGAACCCAAGAACCUGUUUUUAAAACUCAGGCAUGGUUUUGUUAAGUGUUUUGGGGGGGGGUGGGGAGAGAAAAAAAAAAAAAAUCAAAUUUAAGUUUUUGUUGGUGGGUUGUUUUUUGGUUUUAGUUUGUUUGAUUUAAUCAGCAAGUAUUGCUUGAUCUGGGAUCAGAAGAAUUCAGUUCACUUGAGCUCAAAGUAUCAAGCACAAAGCCAGUAGCUUUAAGUAGGUGCGACCCCGGGGGCGCGGCCGCGGCAGCUGGGGACGCAGCCCCGCUCUGCUGGUCGGUGGGAAGGAGCCUCCAGCACAGCCUGCAGAUCGUCACAGGUCCCAUGGUUGUACCUGAUGCAGAUGCACACUCAGGAGGUCAAUUGAACUGCUACAGUACUUGGAGCAAACACAAAAUUUUGAAAGAUCUAGAUAUUUUUGGGGGUCACGAAUACGUCCUAUUUAGUUCCCGGGAAUCUAGUUUCUCCUCGACAACGUCCUUGUUGUUGGGACACAUUUAGCCUUGGGUGCACUUUUGUUCAUUUUUUCGGUGUUUUAUGGUACUUUCAAGCAGGAACAAAACAGAAACAAGCCCUUCAGAUGCCACUGAUGGUUUUAGAUGUGCCGCAUACGUCUUCAAUACGCCUUCUAUCGCAUCCCCAAGUUCCUUUCGCCCACCAGUUACCCAGGCUGGCGGGAACACAGCACACCAAAGAGACAGGAUUACUGCAAGCCAAAGAUGUUUAUAACUUGCCAUUUCCUCCCCUCGUUGCCAGUGCGGGUGGUGACUCGGCGAUGGGGAAGCCUCUCAAACUCCAAGCCCUCUCUCCAGCUCCGGCGGCCGCCGCGGGCAGCGCCCUUGUCACCAGUGAACGUCCCCUCCCGGGCGCCGGCCGAGCCCCCGGCAGCCAGCCCAGGGUGGUCGUGGCUCUUUAGAGACACUUGAGACUUUUUUUAUGUACUACUUAAUCGAAACCAAAGAAACGUUUUCUGCACCUACUUCUCCUGCAACAAACUGUUCCAUUUAAAAAUAAAAUAAAAAUGAAAAAAAACAAACACAAAAAAAAACACCAAAAACCCAAAACCAAACCAAAAUGACAAACCAAGUAAGGAAGCAGGUCAGGAAGCAAACGAGUAACACACUGUGUUUUGACAGACAUCUGGGACAUUUUAGGAAGCAGAUCUCAAAGAAAGGGUUGACAAGAAUGAGAACAAAGCAAAGCCAGUACGAUUGCUGCUUCAUUUGACAACUCAGUCAUCUUAAAGUUGAAGAUUGUCUUUAAUUUGUGCCUAUGCAGUUUUUUCAAAAGAACAAGGAACAGAGCAACCAAAACCUCAACAGCUACAAUACCAAAGAUGAGGAUUCUCACUGCUUUUCUUUCAGUUCAUUAGCUCCUCUUGCACGACUGAAUGCGUAUAGCACCAUUGAUCUGUGUACAGGUAAUCACUUCUCUUUCUUUGAUCAACCACAAGGGUGGGUUUAUUUAUGUUUUUCCUGUUUCUGCCUCACACGGGAUCUCUCCAAGAGCUGCCUGGACUCCAAGUACAAGAUGUUGGGAUACUAUACUGGUACGUCUCCUCUAUCCAGAGCCACAUAGGAAAAAUGUGUCCAUUGAGUCUGACUUGUUGUGUUGAGUGGACUAGUCUCCUGUAUGUCUAGAGCUUCGAGCACUUGUCCUUCUGUACAUGAAAUGGGUUGAGUAACCUUCACCCUUCUUUUUCUUCCCAGGGAUAAAACUUGCAAUAUGUAUGUACCCAUUUCUGUCACUGUAAGUGCUGAGCACCACCACAGCCUGGCCCACUGGGAUCAGAUCCCGACCUGAACCAAGGAGGUUUCAGCAGUCCAUGUGGCAGUUCAGUGGUUUGUUUGGGCAUAUUGGACACAUGAUGUUGGUCAAUCAAAGUCGUGAUGGUUCAAGUCAUGGCAUGCAGCCCUAGGCCCAAAUUUAUCUUCAGAGCUGGAGCACCAUGGUAUCCUUUUCUCCAUUUCUACAUUUAAGUGAUGUCUUCUUUUUAACUACUUUUUGAAACUGCUGCAGUCACCUUCCAUUUUUUACAUUAAAAAAAAAAAAAAGAAAGAAAAUCAAAAAGCCUCAUCUGCUCCAGACAGGAAAGGUUUCAGAGAAGUAAAUUCAGGAUCCUGAUGGCAACUAAACUGACAGCAGCCGCCAGCUCUGGGAACCACAACAUCCUUCAGCAUAGAUUUCCCAGACAGAUUGUGCAUGAUUUGAGAAUGAUCCAAAGAAACCUCAUCAUCAAACAUGGAUGAAAGAUCCAAAAAUGGUUCAGGUCUGGACUGAUGUGUACCAGUGCUUCUGGGUGUUUGAGCAAGAAGUUCUGAGUCAGCUGGCUGUGGAGCAGGGCCCAGCUGAGGGGGGCUUGGUCAUGCUGAAGAUUCACCCCCAUUCCCACCCCUGAGGGUCCACUCAAACCAUCCCCCAUGUGCAUUUUGACCAUGGCAUUGCCCUCAUGGGACAUGUCUCAUUUGGAGAGUGUCCCCCCUCCAUCUGCAGCAGCAUCAGGCAGUUCUGGCCUUUGGUCGCUUGUCUCAUGCUCCAUUUCAUGUAACCACUGCAGGAGAUGACACCCCACCAUGAGACCCAGCCCACCCUCCCUUCCCUCCCUGCAGCCAUGAGGCAGAGAAGUACACCUCAGGUGAGGGGAGCCCCAGGUGUCCUGUCCUCAAUGCUCAACUCAGCCUUGCAAGUGUUGAUCCACAGCCUCCCCCCAGGGGCACUGUGAGGACACUUAGUAGGGCUGGGACUGCCUGACUAUCAGCAAGACACCUGUGGCUCCUCUGCCAGGAGACAGGAAUCUCAGCCCCUCCCUGGUAGCUCCAUGUUUGUCAGCAGCCAUUUUCACCUGAACAUCUGAAAAUACUGCUGCAUUUUUUCUCCCUGCAUCUCUCCUGGCCCUGGGUUACGUCUUCCAUUUCACUGUCAACUCUGGUGGGCUUUGAUGUAGCAGCUCUCUUGGGAGUGUCAAAAGCAUCUGCUGGGGGUGGAGAUAUUUGUAUGGACACGUGAGCAGGAUAUCUGUGCUAUUCUGCCCAUACUGAAAACCUCAAAUAGAUGUUACCUUUAUAUACCAUAUAUUUAUGACUCUAUGGAGCUGUGUAAUGUAACUUGUUCCUUUUACUUAUUCUGGUACAAAAGACUAGAAUGCACAGACCGUAUCCCAGCAUCUUCCCUCCCCGUGCUUGGAGUUUCUACCAUGGGCACAUCCAAGAUGAAUUCAACUUUCAAGAAACCUUGGAUAUUGCUUAAUCAUCCGCGAAGGAACAAAGAAUGUGCUUGAUGACUUUGGUUGAAUAGCUUUAUUCUGGAUCUCUCUCACAAAAAGCUGAAUCCAAAGACCUGAGAAGGACUAAACCAGCAAACCACGCUCAGCCCUGCAUUAGGGAACAGGGAUCUCCUCUUCCAAAGCCAGACAUGGCAACCACAUGGUAUUAUUGCAAGGAGUGUGCGAGCUUCGGACAUCUAACAGUGCUUCUCUUGCUUCUCACAAUGCCUAUGUAUUUUUAAGACACAGGGAAACUUUAUACUUGGCCUCCUUUAUAUUUAUUAAGGGGAAUUUUAAUUGUUUAGAUUUUUUAAAAAGGCAAAGCUUAAAAUGGUUUUAUUUUUUUCCAGACACUUGUGGGUUUUAACCUAAUAUAUUGUCUAUCAAUAAUGUAAUUUAUUUAAUUUAGUCUUAGAGUAGGUCCUGAGAUCUCUGUUCAGUCUGAAUCCCAUUGAGUUUCAAUUUAGCUUUAAAAUUCAAUGGGAGUUUUGCCUGAAUACAGACUGUGGGAUCAGGCUCCAAUGUUAGCUAUUUGUAACUAUUUAAUUCAAUCGUAUGUUAAUUAAUUUGGGAUUAAUUUUGCUUAUUUAUCCAUGUUACUGUUGUAGCGCAUCAGAGAUGCGACGCCUGAGUUAGGAAAUACACUUAAAAGUUAUUAUUAUUGCUUCGUAGAGCAGCCAGGUUCUGUUACAGACAGGAGAAAAAUAACCAGUUACAUAAAACAGGAGUCUAGUUUUAAUUUCUUCUUUUAAUUGUUUAAAUAUCGAAGUUUAAAUUAUUUAAGCUAAUCUCUUCCCAUCUGAUUAGAAAGUGCAACGUACCUUUAUUAUGGCACAUAAAGGCUUCAUAAUAUAACUUAUUUAUUUAACUUAUUCAUCAUCUGAGGAUGCCCUUGUAUAGUUUUUAUUUUUUAUUUAGAGUUACCUUGAAAGCACUACAGCUGAUUUUCUGUCAGAACAACAGAGCGAGUUUUGAGGACAAAUAAUGAAUAUUCAACCUAAAACUGAGCAUUCAGAAACAACAGGGGAAAAAACAAACACCAAAACCAAAACUAAAAGACACUGGAAUACUUUGCCUGAACUUUGUGGCUUCUUAAAACUUAAGCUGGGGGAAAAAUAACACAUGCCAAGCAAAAGGAGAGAAACCCUUAAACUAGCUGCUUCCAAGAAUGAACUUCUGUGUGUGUAAAAAAACAAAAACAAAUGAAAAAAGGGGGGAAAAAAAGGAAAAAAAAAAAAAAAAAAGAAAAAAACUUUCUACUUCUAGUGAGAACCAAAGAGGCUACCUCACUGACUUUUUCCAUUUGUAAUUUUAAUCGUGUUGAUGAUACCAAAGAUACCAAAGAUUUCUUUCUCUGUGCGGUCUGCA